GUUUCGAUUCCCCUGAGAUACCCUCAUUUGACUAGUCUCGCGUUGCUUUUUCUGGAUCUGGCUGGUUCAGAUCGUCCAUAUCUUCCUCCGUCAGCUCAAGUAUCUCGACUUAUACACGAGACCUUUCGAACCCGAUUACCUCGAUUUUGAUAUUUCGAGUGCCGUUACAUCAUCGCGCUCCCACAGGACGCCUCUACCGCCUCGACAAUCGUAUCCGAUAAAUGGACAUUACUCGCGGUGCUGUUGUUCAGGAUUCUUCAUUGACGUUCUCGGCUCAGCCGCAAUGCCCUUACUUGACGCCCACUCAGGUCCCUCAUAUGGCACACUCGAUCAAAUGGAGAGACGUGAUCAACACGAAGGAGAACAACUCCUUCCCGCAGGAUACGAAAGCGAUGACCAUGGCAGUGAGAUAACAUCGGAUGACUCGGUGCAGGAAGGUGUUCGGAAGAUUGAAGCCAUCAGCUUGACUUGGACAACGAAGUCUUUGGUUGUGGCUUACGUCAGUAUCUUCCUGAUGGCGUUCUGUACUUCCUUAGAGGGCCAGACCACUAUGUCACUCUCUGCUUAUGCAACCAGUGCAUUUAGCAAGCACUCCUUGAUUUCAACUGUUCUUGUCGUCCAGAAUGUAGUCAAUGCUGUAAUCAAGCCUCCCAUGGCUAAGAUAGCCGAUGUCUUCGGUCGCUUCGAAGCGUUCUGCGUGUGCAUCUUGAUAUAUGUUCUCGGUUAUAUACAAAUGGCUGCUUCGACCAAUGUCCAGACUUAUGCAUCGGCUCAGAUAUUUUAUUCCGCCGGUUCGACAGGCUUGCAAAUCCUCCAACAAGUGUUCAUUGCGGACAGCAGUAGCCUUCUCAACAGGGCAUUCCUUGCCCUCUUGCCAGAGUUUCCGUUUCUGGUUACAGUUUGGAUUGGACCAGCAAUAGCUGAUGCGGUGAUACGCCACUCGUCAUGGCGUUGGGGUUACGGGAUGUGGUCAAUCAUUCUGCCUGCGUCGUUUCUCCCGUUAGCGCUGACGUUAUUGUUGAAUCAACGCAAGGCUAAAAGACUAAAUCUCAUUAAACAAAAACACGCUCCUCGGGGUAGCUUCCUUGCUGUUGUUCGUCGUACCUGGUACGACCUGGACAUGUUUGGUUUGAUACUUCUUUCGGCGGCAGUUACAUUGAUCUUGGUGCCUCUCACACUUGCCGCUAAUGCUAAAGACGGCUGGAAGAACGACAGUAUCCUGGCAAUGAUUGCGGUUGGCAUAGUUUGUUUAAUGGCGUUGCCGCUGUGGGAGACGUCGAAAAGGUUUGCACCCAAACCACUUCUCUCCCUACACCUUCUCAGGCAGCGCACAGCGCUCGCUGGCUGCGCUUUAGCCUUUUGGUACUUUAUGGCGUUCUAUUUCUCGGUUCAACCGUAUCUUUACUCUUAUCUUCAAGUGGUCCAAGGGUAUGAUGUCGCUACGGCUGGUCGUGUGACGCAGACGUUUGCCUUUACGUCGACCAUCGCUGCUUUCUCAGUAUCCUUAUUGAUCAAGUACACGCGACGUUAUCGCAUUUAUGUGACCAUUGGAAGCGCCAUAUACAUGUUUGGUCUCUUAUUGAUGAUGCUUUACCGCAAAGAAGGGAGCUCAUCAACGCUAAUUCUUGGGACCCAGAUUGUGGUGGGUAUGGGAGGCGGCCUCCUCAACGUGCCUGUCCAGCUGGGAGUUCAAGCAUCUGCUAGCCAUCAGGAGGUUGCGGCUGCUACGGCAAUGUUUUUAACAUCUAUGGAGAUGGGUGGUGCAGUUGGCGCUGCGAUCUCAGGGGCUGUCUGGACGCACAACAUUCCGCGGAAGUUGCGGCGUUACCUCCCUGAUGAGAACAAGGGAGAUGCCAAGGAAAUAUUUGGGAGAUUGGACAAGGCUUUAUCUUUCCCUAUGGGAUCACCGGUUAGAAUUGCCAUCAACAGGUCUUAUCAAGAGACUAUGAAUAAACUGUUGGUGUUGGCGCUGAUCGUGACAAUACCGUUGAUUCCCUUGAGUCUUUUGAUGAAGAACUAUAGGUUGGACAAAAUCAACUGCGAACCAGUGGACGGGCCUAACGGUGACCAUCCAAUCCCAGACAAUGGACAAGGCCUAUCGGAGAAUGAGUGCGAAUCAGAAGGACACUCGAAACAACCAUGAAGUGGCCUGAAUACUCUCAGUCUCUCCAGCGCCCUCUGAUAUACAUUCAGGGGUACCACCAAUAAAUCUGGCAUAUGGGACAGUUCCACGAUUGUUGUGGGUCAUUUGGACAGGGCAUCGGGGCCCCUCCCUACUGCAACAGAAGAACAUACCAGACUACGCGAAGCAGUUUGUGUGGUGUUCCAUCCGGCCCGAUCCCAAAUCAAACACUAUGUGACGUGUCCAUACAAGGUUAUGCGCAUAUGCGUCUACCGCAUCGCCGGCUAGAAGCGCCGGGGCGCUGUUUAUAUGCCAUCGGGUAUGUGGGCCGACCAGCGUUCUGCUCUCUCAUCCCGAGGGUAAGCGGAUUUCAGUAUAUUGAGUCUCUAUAUGUCUUCCACAUAGAGCCGUACAUACUUCAAGUCAGCGACUACCCUAGAAGUCUCUGAAGGAGUUUAUAUAGACAUUAU